AUGUCAGUUUUCAAUUGCAUUUCUAUAGCACCAGAGCCUCUGCUUCUAGAAUUGAAUGGAAACCAAAAUCCCAAGCUACACCGGCUAGAAUUGAAUGGAAACCAAAAUCUCAAACUACACCUGCGAAAAACAAAGCUUCGCAAAAUAUUUCUCACACAUCAGCCCCUAUUUGUAGUCCCACAAGUUAUGUUAAAACCCACUCCUAUAUUUGUAGUCCCACAAGUUAUGUUAAAACCCACUCCUACGUUGCAUUUCAGCCUCUACGUUGCAUUUCACUCUAUCAUUGCUCUCUUGAACUGUAUACCAAUCACUAUGUUGUUAAUCUCAGAAAGUGGUGUGGCACAGUCAACCCCAAAAUAG